AUGUUGCAUCUCACUGACUACAACAUGACGCUCGAUGAUCUCAAAAAAUUCAGAACUUUGCAUUCAAAGACUCCAGGUCACCCAGAAUUUGGUCACACUGAAGGUGUUGAUGCAACUACUGGACCAUUGGGACAAGGUAUUUGUAAUGCUAUUGGUAUGGCUCUUGCUGAAGCACACUUAGCUGCUCGUUUCAAUAAGGAUCAACUCCCACUCUUUGACCACUAUACCUAUGUCUUUUGUGGAGAUGGUUGCUUGAUGGAAGGUGUUGUGACUGAAGGCAUGUCAUUUGCUGGCCAUCAAAAAUUGAACAAAUUGAUUGUCUUUUACGACGACAAUAACAUCACAAUUGAUGGUAACACUAACUUGACCUUCACUCAAGACACACCAGCUGUUGUUAAAGGUUUGGGAUGGCAUGUUAUUACUGUCCAUGAUGCUGACAAUGAUUUGCUCUCUAUUAAGAAGGCCAUCGAGGAAGCUCAUACUAUCACUGACAAGCCAAUCAUGAUUGUUUGUAAGACAACAAUUGGUUAUGCUACCAAGAUGCAAGGAACUGCUAAGGUUCAUGGUUCUCCACUCGGUUCUGAUGCUUUGAAAAAUUUGAAAGAAAUUUGUGGAUUCAAUGGAGAGCAAUCAUUCAUUGUUCCAGAAAUUGUUAGACAAGAUUUUGCUCCAAUUAUUUCCAGAAACAAACAACGUCUUGCUCAAUGGAACUCAUUGAAGCAACAAUAUGAACAACAACAUCCAACAGAAGCACAACAACUCCAAAGAAUGAUUGCCCAUCAAUUGGAAGGAGACAUAUUGGCCAAGUUACCUCAAUACAAUGAAGACAAGAAGAUUGCAACCAGAUCAACCUCACAACAAGUUUUGAAUGCAAUUUAUUCACUCAUUCCUUCUCUUGUGGGUGGUUCUGCUGAUUUGACUCCAUCUAACUUGACCGAUGUGAGUGGUUGUAAGGAUAUGCAACCUGAGAAUAGAACUGGAAGAUACAUCAGAUUUGGUGUUCGUGAACAUGCCAUGGUUGCAAUUGCUAACGGUAUUCUCUACCACGGUAUUCUAAGAACAUAUGUUGGUACAUUCUUGAACUUUGCUUCUUAUGCUUUGGGAGCUCUUAGAUUGAGUGCUUUGUCACAACUUCCAAACAUCUUUAUUUUCACUCAUGAUAGUAUUGGACUUGGUCAAGACGGUCCAACUCACCAACCUGUGGAAGUUCUUCCAUUGUUGAGAUCAAUUCCAAACCAUACUGUGAUCAGACCUGCUGAUGGAAGAGAAACCAGCGGUGCCUAUUUGUAUGCUAUCCAAUCUACAAAGACUCCAACUUCCUUAAUUCUUUCCCGUCAAGAUUUGCCACAAUUGAACGGUACUGAUAUUCAAAAGACACUUCUUGGUGCCUACACCAUCCAAAGCCAUGAGAAUCCAGAUGUUGUUUUGGUCGGAACUGGUUCUGAGGUGUCACUUGUUGUUGAAGCUGCUCGUUUGUUGUCUGAUCUCAAGGUCAAUGUUGUCAGCAUGCCUAGUUGGGAGUUGUUCACCAAGCAACCUCUUGAAUACAGAAAAUCUGUUUUCCCAGAAGGAAUUCCAGUUGUGAGUGCUGAAGCUUCAUCAACAUUUGGUUGGAGCAGUUUUUCUCACUAUUGUGUUGGUAUGACCACCUUUGGUGCCAGUGCUGCUGCUGAAGAGGUUUACAAGUACCUCAAUAUUACUGCUGAUAAUGUUGCUGAUAAGGCAAGAAAGUUGGUUAACAAGUAUGGCAAGAAUGCACCAAGACUUCCACUUUCUGUUGUUGGACAAGAAGAGCUUUGA